GAAAAACUAGAGCAUUACCCCCGGGCUAUAGUGAUAACAUUAUCAACUAGGCUUGAAAAAUAUGUGUUAAUGCAAAACUUGUAAAGAAGUGGGUUCAGGAAAGGCUGUUACUUCCUAUGAUAUCUGUACAGUUAUUUAUUAGCUGGGCUACUAAUGCAAGAUUUUGUACUGCACUAUUGCAAUUGGCUUUUGCUAUCGUGUUACAACAACACAAAGUCAUCAACACUAAACGUGUUACAAUGACAAGCAGGUUAGCCAUUGUAAUAUUACAAUAACCCUAGGGCGCCUGUCCCAUUCUGUGGCCCGUAAUUAUGAAAUCUAUACUGAUUGUCAUAUUUUGGAAUUUGUUGUCAAGCAAGGGUCUACACUCAUUGGUUUCCCUGGGACCGGUCACGCACUCAGCAGCCCUGAUGGCAAUUCAGUAAAGCUUGAAUUAAAAAAUUUAGCUUUAGUGCGACUUCAUUUCAUAAGAUUGUGGCACACCUGAUACAUACUGCAAUGGUUUUAAAUGACUUUCAUAUCAUUUUUUUAUUUGCAUAUGUUCCGCAUAUUUUUCAAAUAUUUUAGUUUGCAACCUUUUGAAUAUAAGAUUUGCUUUAAUAGCAAGAAAACGCUUACCGUAGUGAUUUUGGUGAUGGUAUUCACAUAGUAAACCAAUCGGUGUAGUGAUUUAAAGUGCUAUGAAUGCAGCUCCUUUAAAACUUUUAAAAAUGACAGCUAAUCUAACAAAAAUGUUAAAGGAUUGUCAAUUUGCGGGGGAAAAUUCUGUCUGCACCAUAGUAUACUAAAUUACCCAGGUGAAUGGGCAAAGCAGUUCAUAUUCCAUGUUUUCGAUCACUGGUAUUUUGAGCUAAUGAUUUGAUGAGAUCCAGUUUGUGAUACGGCGCAUUGUAUUUAGGUAACUUGGUACCAUUAUUGACUUUAAAAGCCAUAGUUACAAACAGAGUCACCGUUUUGACGGCCAAAUUCCUCUAUUCUGGCCGUUUUCCAAAGCUAUUGGCCGUCCAAAAUUGAUUUGGCCGAAAAAGUAAAAGUUGGCCGAAAUUUGGCCGCAUGUUGAAAGCCACAAGAAUACAAGGAAAAUGACAAUUUUUGCACAGAAAAUAUUCAACAUUUUGUCAAAACAAUCCCAAAGUUGCAAAUAACAAAGCAAGAAACAAAGUAUAAGAUAACAGAAAAUUGAAUUUGAAAGCAAGUUGGAGCUUUUUUAACAAACAAAGCCAAUUUUGAUUACAUUAUUUUGAUUACUCUAAAGACUUAGCCAAAAUGUAGCUUUUUGUAUAUUUUGUUUGGCUGGCCGAAUUUGGCCGUCACGCGUAAAAUAUUUGGCCGCCAACCAUUCCAAGCAUUCUGGCAACCCUGGUUGCAAACAUAAUUCCCACUCCAAUAUGCAUGAAAUACACGGUAGCAUCAGUUGCUGGAAUAUUUAAAUUGCUGCAUAACAGCCCAUAGUAAAUCAUGCAUAUUUGAGUAGCAGAUAGAACAUGUUUUGGAAAGCACCAAUUCCAGUUUGCAAUGACUUAUUCAUGGUCCGUCCGAUUGGCUAAUUAGCCUUGAGGUGAAAUUUGGUCAUUACUUUGCCAAAUCAAAGACUACAGCUAUCAAUUGAAGCCAGCUGUCAGAUCGAGUCUAUUCACGCUGAUAUCGUGAUACCCUGAAUGACAAUUCAUCUAUUGAAUUCAAUAUGAUAUAGUUUACAGAUCAAUUCAUAUUUCCAGAGACACGGUACUAAUCUGAUUCACUACAGUCAAACAAGCUAUUAUUAAGUUAGUACAUAACCAGUACGCUGAAACGAUUUUAGGCAAACCGAAAGUUUUAGAUUUCAUGUUCAGCUUUAACCACUCGUAAGACAAGAAUAUAAAGAUCAGCAAAGCUGUUGAAAUCGAUCAGAUUCUUCGAAACAAAAUCAAGUCACUGGAAGAAGAUUUAGGGCAUUAUGAAAAAGACUUAGGUGAUGUUGAAAUGGAGAGAGACCAGUUGAAAGCAGGACUGGCAAAAAUGGUGAAGGAGAUUGAGUCGUUGAAAGAAAUAAAGCAAGAUUUGCAGAAGGAGCUGGAAGAUUCAAAGAUAGAAACAAGCAAGAUAAAGCAAGAGCUGAGCGAUGAACUUCAGCAUCUAAAGGCAGAGAUUGAAAAACAAACCAGAGAAUUAAAUGAAAACGAAGAAAAACACGAAAUUCAGGCCAAGGAGAUGGACGAGCUGCAAAAGAGGGAAACAGAACUAGACACAUUGCUUCAAGAACUGCAAAGUGAACAUAUCUCUCUUACUAGAAUCUAUGGUCAGACGAAGAAGGAGCUUCAAGAUGCGAGAGAGGAACUGAAGAGCCUUGAGAGGGACUUUGAGGACAAUGCUGACAGCAGCGAGAUUAGCAAAAAACUUGUGGAACAAUUGAGAAACGAGGUGGAAAGAAUGAAGAAACAGAACGAGCAAAUGCAGGAAGUAGAAGAAUCGCAGAGGAAGAUUAUUCAAGAAAAGAAAAUUGCCGAGAAAGCAAACAAGCGGGACCUCCAGAAAAUGCAUAAUACCCUUAAGUCACUGCAAGAGAAAUUUGCAAAGUUGAAUUCAAGCUACAUAGAAAAGGAAAAUGAGCAGUCUUAUUUGAGAGAGGAGCUGCAUAAAAAGCUUAAUGAUUUGACUGAGCUGGCAAACGACUACCAAAAGCUUGUAAAGAUCAACAGAGAAUUAGAGAAGAAGAUCGAUGAAGGUUUGGGAGCUGAGCAGAGAAAAGAGCUAGAAGAUCUGAUUUCCAAUCUUCAGUUUGAGAAUAAAGCACUGACAGAAGAUAUGAAGAUUAAUGAUGAGAAUUCUGCUAAACAGGGAGAGGAUAUUGCUCGUCUGGAAAAAGAGAUAGAUGAAAUGAGGAAUGAAAAAUCAAAGUAUCAGGAGCAAAAAAAGAAGUUGGAUCAGAGUUUAGCCAACCUAAACGAUGAGAAUGAUGGACUUUUGAAAGAAAACGGAGUGCUUAGAAAAGAGAUUGAUGCAAUGAAGUCAUUGAAUACUGAUCUUCAAGACGAAAUAAAUGACAUGCACCAGAAAGAGGAUGGAACAAGGGACGAUACGAGAAGGUCUGAAAAACAGAUACAAAUGCUAGAGAAAGAAAAUGACGAAAAGAGCAGAAAGUUGGAGAAUGUAGAAAAAGAGCUCAUAAGUGUUACAAAGGAGUUAACGAUUUCGCAAAUGGACUUAGAAAAGGAAAGAAACAAAGCUAAAGCACUGACCCAAAAUAACGCUUUGUUGCAACAAAAAGUAGAAAAAAUUACGGGGGGUAAUCAGGAUUUGAGCGAGAAGACAAAAGAAAAGGACAAACUUAUAGUGGAGUUAGAAACGACAGAAAAGAAAGUCCUAGCAAACAAUGCAGAAUUGGAAAGAGAAUUAGUUGAGUUGAAAAUGACAAUUAAGAAAGAAAAUGCUCUGAAUGAGGAAUUUUCAUCCCAGUUACAGGAAGCUCAGGAGAAAUAUGAAAAUCUAGAGAAACAAUUUGAAGAGCAGGGGAUUUUGAAUGAAAAUUUAAAUGAGGAUAGUAGGUCCCUAACGAGGAAAGUAAAAGGUCUGAUGCAAGAGAUAGAAAAGAAAAAUGGAGCUUUGCUAGCAUUGCAAGAAGGGAAGAAAUCAUUAGAGAGUUCAUUGCAGGCUGCUUUAGAGAAGACAGAGCUGCUAGAAUCUGAAGUGAACUCUACGAGGAAAGAGAAAGAAGGAUUGAAUUUGAAGCUGAAGGACUUAACUUCCUCCCAUAUUCAUAAAUCGAGUGUUGAUGCAAAGGACAAGCUGCUUGCUGAGCAAAUACAAGCUAAUAAUGCUUUAACAGUUGAAGUGAAGACUCAAAGAGAACACAUUGGAGAUUUGGAAGCAGAAUGUGAGAAGAUAGCAGUUAAGUUCAAGGAAGAGGUUAAACGAAAUGACGAUGCUAAAAAAGAAGCAGAGGAACAUGCGAAAGAACUAGAAGGGAGGUUGCAGCAGCUGGAGGGAGAAAUAGAGCAACUGAAGAAAGGCAAAGCUGGAUUAGCGACUGAGGUUAAGCUCAAAGAUAAAUCUGCUACUCAGUUUCAGAAAGAGCUAGAGGAUCUAAAGAUAAGAAAACAGGAAUUGGAAACUGAUUUGAAGGAGACAAAACAGACAUCUUCACGCUUGAAAAAUCGAGCAGAUGAGCUAAGCAAGAGAUUGAAAGAAGAAUCAAGUGCAAAAUCACAACUUGAUGCCGAGCUGUCAGAGGUAAAACGACAGCUAUCAUCAACAAAAGAAUUAGAGAAAAGGGGACGGGAUCACAGAGAAGAGCUUAAUAUUGAAAACAUAAAUCUCACCAACAAGAUUGAGCAGCUCGAUAAAAUCUUGGCGAAUGCAAAAGGUGAUCUAAAUUCUGCAAAGAAUUAUAUUUCUCAGCUAGAAGUUGAGAAGGGAUUGAAAAGCCAACUUGAAGAAGAAUUAACAAGAAUAAAACAAAAAUUACUGAAAACUAGUGGGCAGCUAGAGGUUGAGUUUGGAAAGAAUGAAAGUCUACGAAAUCAGCUUGGUGCCAAAGAGAACCGAGUCGCAGAACUGGAGACUCAGUUCAAGAAUGCAUCAGACAAUGAGACAAGAUUGAAGGAUAUGAUGAAAACGACUGAGAAUGAGUAUAUUUCAAAGGAGGAUUACGAGAGUUUGAGAAUGGAAUACGAGAAAUCCUCUCAAAGUUUAGAAGAAACUAGAAGAAAAGUAGCAGAUGCUUUGGAAGAAGUUGAGUUACUGAAGCAAGAAAGACAAAGAUCUGAUGAAAUAAAAGAAGGCCUAAAGUCACAGCAGGAGCGACUCGUAACAGAAAAUGAUUCACUACAAAUGCAAUUGCAGCUUUCAAAGCAAGAUUACGAAAAAAAUGUCAAGAGGCUAAAUGAAUGCAAGUUCGACUUUGAGCAGCAAUCAGGAAUCGUCAGUCGAUUGCAAGAUGAGCUUAAAGAAAGUAGAAGAAGCAUUUCUAGUCUGCAGAAUACAAUUGAUGGGCUAACAGAAGGAAAUUUGGAUCUGGAUUCUGAAGUAAAAGAAUGGUCAUCAAAAUGCAGCAGAUUGAGAAAACAGAUUGAGGAUUUGCAAUCUGAAAAUAUGUCGCUCCAUCAAAAGAGUCUUGAAGAUGCUAGACAAUAUGCCAAUGUAAAGUUAUUGAAUGAAAGAUUUGAAAGAAAACAGGAAUCGUUAAUGCAAGAAGUGAAAAGAUUAAGCGAGGUUUUAGAGGAUGAGAAUGGUCGGUGUAGAGAUUUGUCGAAACAAAUAAACGAGCUUCAUAAUCUUAAGAAACAGUUGGAAUCUGCGAUUCAAGAGCAAGAGCGCGAAAAGGCGGAUCUCAUUAACGACGCAGAAGAUCAAAGGCAAGAAAUAGAAAGAUUGUCUCAGGAUCUGAAAGAUUCUAGGGCGGAUUGUGAAAGAAUCAGAAAUGAAGCGAAAGAAAAGAACGCCAACAUCAAUGAAAUGAAAGUGCAAUUGAAUGAAAAGAAAGAAAAGGUACAAGAGCUUGAAGCAAGCGUAGAGUCUUUAAGAUCUGAUCAACGUAAAAAUAGGCGUUUAAUAGAGGAAUACUCUAGAAAUCUUGAUGAUGGCAAAACGUUGAUAGGUGAUAUGGAAAGCGAAAAAGAGUCUCUUCAAGAGAGGCUAGAAGAUUCUGUCCGAAAAUAUGCGUUAGUAUCGGAAGAGCUUGAAAGCAUAAAGAUAGAUUAUGAAGAUUUGGCUGAAAGAUAUAAAAAGGUUUGUAGAGCACGGGAUGAAUUGAAAUACGAACUAAAAGAAGCCCAGGAGCAUAUUGAUAGCCUGAAAACUAAGCGUCAGGAAAAUUUGGUCGAAAAGGAGAAGCUUGCAAGCGAUAUUGUUGCAAUUGAGGGAAAGUUGGAAAUGCUACAGGGAGUGCUUGAUGAGAGUAGAGAGGAUAAUGAGCUUUUGCAGAGUGAGCUAAAGUUGGCACAAAAGCGUGCUGAAGAAUCAGCCAAGGCAUUUCAAAAUGUGAGUGAAGAUGAGGAAACUAAGUCAAAGGCAUAUGAAAAACAAUUAAGUUUGAUAAAGGAAGAGCACGGAAAACUGCAACAGGCAUUAAAGAAGGUUUCUGAAGAGUUUGAGGCCGCUAAAUCAACUAACAUGAUUGAAAGAAAACGUAGCGGAAUUCUGGAGAACGAAAUAAAGCGGUUGAAAGAGGAGCUUGGUGAAACAGAGAAUAUAACCAAGGAGAAGAAAGAUAUUAUCGAGUCACUUGAAGAGGAACUAGAGGCUAAAGUAAGAAGAAUUGAACAGUUAACACAAACAGUUGAAGAAAAGAACGAGUUGAUACUAUCACUUCAAGGAAGAGUAACAGGCCUUGUAAAGAAAUUAGAUCAAAAUGAAAAUGAAAUGAGGAUCUUGAAAGACGAAAAGAAAAGGGUUGCCAAUUCAAUAUCAACUUUGAGAAAUGAUUUGCAAAGGGCUGAAAAAAGAGUAAGCGAGUUACAAACAAACGUCGAUGAUCAAAGUAAAAAUGCUUCUGGAUAUUUGGAGAGAGUUUCACGGCUAGAAAAUGAGGUUGUUGCAUUGGAAACAGAUAAGAUGAUCUUCCGGCAAGAGAGAGAUGAAGCAAUAGAAGAAAGAGAUGAUCUAAGAUCACAGAUUCAAAAUCUGAGACAACUAGCAGAGAAUAAGAGGCAGGAGAAUGAAAGAUUGGUGAAGGAUUCUGUUGGAUUGAGAAAUAAGUUGCAGAAUACGAGUCAACAACAAGAAUCAAAACGAAAGGGCUUAGAAAUGAGGCUUGCGGAAAAGGAAAACGAAGCUGCAAGUCUAAGGACUAUUGUAAGUGGCAUAAAAAGAGAUUUCAAUUCAUUUAAAGAGCAAUUGAAGAUUAUUGAGAAGGAGAAAGAUAACAUCCAAAGAGAGAAGGAGAAACUGGUUUCUGAUUUCUAUAUUUUGAACUCAUCCUGGGAAAAGGCUAAGAAUGAAACUGAGGUCUUGCAAGAUGAGAACAGUGAAUUGAGAAUCGCAUUGAAUACAAGCAACGAUAGAGUCAUAGCUUCUGAGAAAGAAAGAAAAUUUUGCGAAGAAAAUUUAGAAACGGCAAAGAAGAAGCUAUCAAGGUUGAUUCGUGAAUCAGACAGUUCGUUGAAGGAACUAGAAAGGCUUAAGGUUGAAAAGACGGAGGUCGAAGAGAAACUAAAUGACUUGCAGAAGAAAACGCUGACAGAGGUCACAGGUCAAUAUUCGGAGGUUAUUAGGUUAAAGGCUGAAGUAGACUGUCUGAAAGAGGAGUUGUCAAAACGUGAAGGGGACAGAAUGGCGUUUGGAGGGUCACAAAGUGAAUUAUACGAAAAAGGCGCUUUGGAAGAUAUGCAUGCAGAAGAAGUUGCAAGGUAUGAAAAGAAAGUCAAAGCCUUACAGGAGGCUGAAAUGAAUUUGAAAUCAGAGCUGAAACUUGUUGUGAGCAAAUUGUCAGGUUACUCCAAGGAACGAGAGCGAUGGGAAGACACGGUCAAAGGCAUGGUAUCUGAAAUAGAGAGAGAACGUGUCAAAUGCCAGAUGAAGGAAAAAGAGGUCUUUGCCCUUCAAUCGAGGCUUGAUCGGGAAAAGGAAUACUACGCAAAGAAAUUCAACAAUUUAGAGCAAGAAAUUCAGACAAGCAGAGACACGAGUCAACAACAGUUGGAAUCAGAGCGAAGCACACAUGAAAUCGAGAUAGAGACAAAGCGAUUUGAAAUUGACAGCUUGAAAAGGCAGCUGAGUUUACAGAAUUCAGAAUCCGCAGGCAGCAGACUUGAUUGGGAGGAAUUGCGGAGGCAGCUAGCGCGGAAAGACGUAGAUAUCACUCGGAGAUCAGCUGAAAACAAAGAGUUGAAAUUAGAGCUCAAAGUUGCGAAAACAGAUCUGCAGUGCUCAAAAAUUGAAUACCAACUGGCAGCAUAUAAGAAUAACGGAACUGCAAGCUUUGGAAAAGAACAAAGUAGCAAGAUAAGAGAACUGUCACAAAUGCUUCAAAAAUUACGUAAGGAGUCAGAAAGUAUGAAGAAUGAACAAAAAUUGAAGGGAAGCUCUCCCUAAAAACAUAAAAUCACACUUCUAGGCCUGUUUCCUGUAAUGUAUCAACGUAAUGUGGCGUGAAUAUCGAUAUGAACCAGUUUUUCCACUAAACUUUUUGAAAUAAUUCUAUAUAUUCUUAAUAAAUGACAAUACUGAUUUGAUUUUUCUUUUUUUCUAUACCAUUUUCAAACAUUCCUACUGCAAUUUCCUACUGCAAUUUCCUACUGCAAUUUCCUAUUGCUAGCACGAUGAUAGAAGCAAUGGGUUUGUAAAUACCUUGUGACAGUUAUAAGCAAUCCACCAUUUUGAUUUUGUCUCGCUUAUAGUACUGAGACAAAUAAACUAGAUCAAAUAUAGUACUGCUUUUACGCCUAUGUUUAUGAAGCCAUGCCUCUUGAAAUAAAUGUUCCACUUUGCAUGAAACUUUGAAUUUCAAUCUAAACUAUAUGAAUUUGCGAAUACUAAGCGUUGCUGUCGUUGUUGAAAUUUUCCGAGAAGGAAGAGGCCUUAGCUACUUCAUAGAAACACAGAGACGUAACAUAAAUUACACAGGAAAUAAACACUCAUUGAGUCAUGGGGAGGUCUUCUUUCUAUCACCAAUCACAACUGUACCAGAAGCCAGUCUAUGAUUGUCAAAAAGAGACAUUGUCAUUGUAAUUUCAAGAGCAUCAUUUUAAAAAGGUUUCUUUAAGUUUUUUAAAGCACUUUUUGCGCAACACUCUUCCGAGUAUGAACAUCGGAUAAUGACCGAAAGUAAGCAGAAAAUCUGUAUGCGGAUCGAAAAUAAAUUAAGAGGAAAGAACCAAUCAAACGCCUCUUUUUUCCACUCACGUUGUUUUCGAUCCACAGAAAAUCUAUAGGAGGAUCGAAACAGAUUUGGAUCGAAAAUAACUUAAGAGGAAAGAACCAAUCAAACGCCUCUUUUUUUCCACUCACGUUGUUUUCGAUCCACAGAAAAAUCUCUAUGAGGAUCGGAACAGUUUUAGAUCGAAAAUA